CAAGCGCUGAAUGCGAUGCACUUCAUUAGUGCAAUUCCAAAGCUGACGGGACAUAACUAUGUUCUGUGGCGCGAGGAACUUGAUGCUGCUCUAGCACUUGCUGAGAUAGAUUUGGCUCUUCAGGAGCCAAAGCCCACUGAGCCAGAGGAGCCCGAAAGGGCUCAGAAUGAGACCGAUGAAGCUUUUGCUAAUCGGAAGCGAGACUUUGCUCCCAUCAGAGCAAAGUAUGAUCUUGAGAAGUACAAGUGGGAAAAGUCAAACCGCAAGUGCAAGAUUGUCAUCAAGAAAACCAUCACAGAGGGCCUAAGAGGUGCCAUCCCAGAAUGUGAGACAGCAAAAGAAUACCUUGAGAAAGUGAAGAAUCAGUUUACUGGUUCAACCAAAGCCCAUGCUUCCACCCUGAUCCAGAAACUCACUAACAUGAGGUUCACAGGGGGGAGUGUGAGAGAGCACAUUCUGAGCAUGAGCACCAUGGCAGCCAAGUUAGAGAAGCUAAAGAUGCCCCUCGCUGAUGGUUUCCUCAUUCACCUAGCUCUAAACUCACUUCCCAAAGAGUAUGAGACUUUUGUUGUUAACUACAACACACAGCCAGAGGAGUGGGAUUUAGAGAAGGUGAUUGCUAUGUGUGUGCAAGAGGAAGAAAGGCUCAAGAAUGCAAAUGGUGGUUCUGUGAACUUUGUGAAAGGAAAGAACAAGAAGCCAUUCUACAACAAGAAAGCUCCAGAUGCCUCCACCUCCCAGAACAAGGGAGGAAGCAAUUCACAGCCUAAAGCACAGCCAAAGCAAGACAACCAGCACAGGCAGGAGGACCCGGAUCGCUGUAGAUGGUGUAAUGAGACAGGGCAUUGGAAGCAUGACUGCCCUAAGUUCAUGAAACAUUGCCUAGUGAAAGGGAUUCAGUGGAGGGAGAACCCUUCAAAGAGGAGAAAGACAGAUUAAGGUGGCCACUGGUGUUGAAGCUGAAGUUCAAGCUAUAGGAAAUUUAUCUCUAGAUUUAGCUAGUGGCUUCACCCUUGAGUUGCAUGAUGUUCUUUAUGUUCCCUCUUUAGCUAGAAAUUUAAUUUCAGUUUCAUGUUUGUCAGACUAUGGUUUUGAUUGCCAUUUCAGCAAGAAUGAUUGUAAGCUACAGUUAAAUAAUAAAUGUGUGGGUCUUGCCUUCCGACAAGACAAACUUUAUUUAUUA